CGGACAUUUCCACUAUUUGCAAUGAAAAUCUUAUCUAUCCUCUCUAUUGCAGCCUGGACCGCUGUUACGGUUGCUCAGACUACUCAAAUUGCAACUGAUUCUACUCUUAAUAUCAACCCUGAUCCUGCUACUUUUCUGCAGAGCCUGACGUCCCCAGUGAGCUUCAGCGACAACGACGAAACCGUGGAACCUCCUAAUGAUAUGGCUGAUCCUUCAAACGAGGAUGAGAUCAUUGAUGCAUCAAACUUCAUUGCCUGGUCCUCGCCAGGAUACAAGGGCCAUAAACAAAAGCGAAGCAACUCUGAGGGAUGCUACCGUCUUGAUGGUGGCGCUGUCGGCAGUUUCGAGGGAUCCAGCUCUAGAAAAUAUGGAUUCUACAGUGAUGGCCAUUGUAGAUCGAGGAUGAUUUACGGCUGGAGUUCUGCUCCGGUCCAUCGUAUUGACCCAUUGAUCUAUCCGCAAUCCGUUAAAAUCAUUCGUAGAGAUGAGCCAAAACCAUCAACAUGUCCUGCGCCUUCAGACUAUACGCUAGUAGCUUGGUCCAGAACUUCGUUCGGUGGCAGGAGGCAAUUGAUCCGAGGAUUGGGUUGCCGACCAUUGGAUGGAAGCACGAUCUACUCGUUCCAAGGGACAUACAAGUACAAAUUUUAUGACUGCGAGAACUGCUACGGCGAUACGGUCCUAGAGACCAGCGGUGGAAAGAGUCGUGUUCACAGGAUGAACCCCCGCUCUGUUUUUAUUUAUUAA